AUGAGACGGCGGCUGUUGGACGAUGAUGACCCUAGACAGCAACAGUCGGAGAGCGGCGAUGGCCAAAAGGCGGCAGUGGUGGAAAGGCGACGACAACCGGAAGGUGGUGACUGUGGUCGGAUGGUGUUGGCUGCGACCGGAGGGCGGCGGCCCAAGGGCAGAGACAGCGACAGUCGGAGAGCGGCGAUGGCCAAAAGGCAGCAGUGGUGGAAAGGCGACGACAACCGGAAGGUGGUGACUGUGGUCGGAUGGGGUUGGGUGCGAGCGGGGGGUGGGGGGUGUGGCACUACGGCUAGAAGGCGGCGGCCUGAGCACCUUAACCCUUUAAGUUUUUUUUGGAUGAACAAUAGCCUUCUGAAGGACAUAGCUUCUUCAGUUUGCUUCUUUCCUUUGAUGCUUACACUUCUUGGUAUGCUAGUGCAGAGUUCAGUUAGAGAGAUGCCAAAUGUAUUAAUUCUUCCUAGGAGUGCUGACUAUAGUGAAGAAGUUUGGAUGGAAAUCAGGGAGAAAGCAAUCACCAUGUUGCAAGCCUUCUUUCUUGAUAACUUGAUUCCAAAUAAUGAUAUAUCUGAUGAAGGUGAAGAAAAUAGUGCGAUAGCACUUGAAGGUGACCAAGCCGAGAACUCGAAACUACAGAUCAACGAGUCAAAAGAGUCUCAAGUUUCAGGCCCGUCUCAAAAUACUGCUAGAAGGUCUCAUAGAAGGCAUAGUAGGUCUAGCAAGAAGGCCAAGAAGAGGCAUGCUCGCCAGGGUUGCCCGCAAAAAUCUAAUGAUUUUUCUGGAGUAGAAGGCAGCUAUAGCUCUCAGCAAGAAGAUACUGCUAUCAGUGGUAUGGAGCAGAGUUCUCGAUUUGCUUCUCCAGAUGAUUCUAAGAGCAAGCAAAUUUGCCUCUUUGAAUCAAAUAUGGAAUCAUCUUCUCAGAAACCUGAAACAGUUGGUGGACUUAAAGGAAAAUGUGUUGAGCUUUUGAAAGAUGGUUUUGUUAUUGCUUUGCAUACUAGAGAUCGUACUGGGUUUCAUGUGUCUAGACAAAGAGUACCUGGUGGCGGAUGGUUCCUGGAUACAUUUUCAAAUGUAACCAAAAGAGACCCUGCUGCACAAUUUCUUAUUUCUUUUAAAAGCAAGGACAUGCUAGGGCUGCGUUCUUUUACUGCUGGUGGAAAACUGUUACAGGUCAGAUUUCAUGGUUAUGUUGAUGAUUGGAUACUGGAUUCAGGAGCUUCCUUCUGUACAUCUUCCCACCGGGAGUUGAUGCGAAACUAUGUUUCAGGUGACUUUGGAAAGGUAAAUCUGACUGAUGGAAAAACUCUGGACGUAGUGGUGAUGGGAGAUAUUGAUAUUGCACUCCUUAGUUAA